UUCCAAAGAUCAUAAACUCUCUUGUUUUUUCCUGAGUUCCAGCCAAAGCUUUCCAUUCAGCCAGGCUGGUUUUCUUCCCCUCCGGCUUGUCUUUCGGCACAUGGGAAUGGCUUGCUCCUGUGCCUUUAAGAUUUCCUUCUUGAAUAAUGUCCAGCCUUCCUGGACUCCUUUGCCCUUCAGGACUGCCUCACAAGGGACUCUGUCAACCAGAGAUUAUUUUAAUUUAAUUUGGUCUGUUAUUUACGUCACUGCACUGAAGGGGCAGGAAAUUCUGGCAGUGAAGGGUUUGCCUUAAUUGGUUUGCCUUUUUAUCAUCAUUAUUUGUGAAAGUGAUAUCAUAAACUGAUCAUUACUUAGAGUGCUAGAUUUAAGCAGGAUUGGGAAUUUGGUAAGUCUUUCUGACUUGGGCAAGGAUUUCUAGUGAAUCCAGUUAGCCUUGGAAGCCAAUCGUUGUCUUACAGACUAGUGCUAUUGGUUGUCUAAAUAGGGCUGUUCUGCUAGCUGUCAGUGCUAGCAUCAGUUCUGUGAUCCUUUUGUUCCACACCUUUACUUUUCUGUGUGUCAAAAUCUCACUGAGAUAGGAAGUUUUAUAGCAGGUACAUUUCUGAGGUGGGAAGGAAAGCAAGGUAUGUAGGAAAAGGGGAACAAAGCAACUAAGCUAGUAAAGAAAGAACAUGAACAAAAGCCUUUCUAGAAGGGGAAUGGGGAAUAUAGCCCAUUUCCAGCUUGGUCACUUUCCUGUAUUGGGAUUUCAUUCACACAAGUUCAUCUCUGCAGUUUGUGAAAGACAAAAAGAAACUGCACCAACCAGCAUGAAUUCAUUCUCCCCUCUUGUGUUGGCAGUUUUUCAUUCAGUGGAAACGGUAGUAGUUUUGCUGAAGCAAAGAAUCCUUUGCCUGUAAUGAAAACGGCUCAUUAUUGUACUAAUGGUAGGUGUAGUCUCACUUUGGAGAGAAAAGACAAAUACUUGGAUGGUGUCUUUCAAAUUACUACUGUCAUUUACACAGACUCGUGAUUGUGCUGAUUGCACAUAGUUUAAAUGGGUCAUUUUGAGAUGUUAGUCCUUGACAUUUUUUUAUUUCUCAUUGAAAGAUGUAAAACCAGUUGGCUCUAGUUUUUAACAAGUUGAAUUUGCUUUGUCCUAACUAGCCGUCAAAAUGACUGCAUUAAACGUAGGGUUUGUUCACCUUUCUCCUCCUUCUGGCUGUGAACAUUUCAAAUCGUCCAAAUAGGAAGGUGGCAUCCUAGUAGGUACAGUCAUCUUGAGUGUGAGCUAUAAAUAUGUUCACACUAAAUAAUGAAAAGCCGAAGUGCCAGAGUUCGUAUUAGACUGAAACGAGAAGUUGUGAGUACUGCGAGUUUUUACAGCGUGGCUUGCGUUUCCCACGAGGUCAGGCGCACUUGUGGAAGUUGUCCAUCGGGGGUCACUGAAGCUCCGCCAGAGAAGGAGUCUGUUCCCUGUCCUCUUGGGUUAGCAAUUGCUUCUCGCUGCUUCCCGCUGAGUAAAUGCCUCUUUUGUCAAAACGCCUGCUUUUUCCAAAGUAGCAACUUGAAGUAUAAUAGUGGUGAAUAGCUGUGGGCACUGAAAAUAUAGCCAAAGAAAUGCUCGAGUGUGUUGCGUUGUUACAAGGAAGGAAGUAUUGAAGGAUUAAAAAUAGACACUUCUCUUUCUGUGUGGGAAGUUGUGUUUGCUUAAGUAUCUUUACUGAGAGAAGGGAUAUUUUUAGAUAGCUUCCAGUCAUCUGUAUGAUAGAUGCAAUUUGUUUAGUUGUACUUCUUGAGGAUCCCUUCUGAUGACUUAUUCAAAAAUCAUUAAGUACCCAGAUGGGCCUUCUUCAUUUCCUAAUAAAUGAAUGAAAAUGUAAAAAAACCUCAGUGUGAUUUAUUACUUGUGUUUCUAUCAGGACUCGUAAUAUCUUUUUUUAUUCUUAGAAUUGCCCUUAAAAUCUGUUCUUUGUACUAUUACUUGAUUUAGGUGGUCUUGAGUGAAAGUAUUUUUCUUUCCAACUCUGGCCAAACUAUAUAUAAACUAUCUCUGGUGAAGGGUGUUUUCCUUAAAAUUGUUAAGGUCAAAUUUUCAUUUUAAUUCUAAGUACUUCAGAGGUCCAAUUCUAUACAUUAUUCUUCAAGGAUGCUGUUCUGUCACAGAGGAUUGCAGGGUCAGUGCUAUUAAAACAAAAUUUUAUGUCAGUCUGGGUAAGUGCCAGCCCUUGCAAAAGAAUCCAGCUUUCUGUAGAUCCUAACAGACAGAUAGUUAUGAAACAUUUAGUUUUUAUUUUAUUUAUAAUUUUAAAUUUUUAUUUCCUGAAGAUGAUUUUGGUCUCUUAGGAGGAAUCCUGUUUAGUGUUGGCUAUGAUUUUUGGUGUGAUGAGAGAUAAGAUAAUAAGAUGCUUUUUUAGGUUAAAAUUGUUAGUUUUCCUCUAAUCCAGAGUUCCUUAUCACAUUCUCUAAAGCCCUUUCAUGUUGCAUUAAAGGGUUAUAAAAUCUACCAUGUGUAUCUCAAUAUGUUAGUACACACAAUUCUACAGACACCUUCCCUAGCUGGCAUAAAAUUAUGGGUCCCUAAAAGCUGGCUAGUGCUGAAGAAAGCAGUCAGUUUUCUUUCUCAGGGACAAUGAUGCAAAUUCACAGUAGCUAUGUAAACAUAGGCUUUAUGGAGUUGUCCAAGCUUGCAGGAAAAGCAGGAGGGAAGGCAGUAGGGCAACCAAAAUGUGUUACCUGCCAAAUUUGAAAUUACUUACUUUAUACUACAGGUUUCUGACUAUAGGCACUUCUCCUUGCAGGAGGCUGCAGCUGCCCCUCAUGGGGUUUCUAGUGGCAUGUCAGGAGGGGGACAAAAUCCAAAGAGUUCUGAUGAUAAACACGGGGAGAAAGAGGAGACCAAAACAUCCAUCUGCAGCCAGUGAUGACCUCUGCCUACACCAAAAUGAUCUGCCGGGAGCCAUCGCAGGCAAAUCCACAAUAAAGGAAACACCACAUGGAACUACAACAGACAUCAGAAAGCUUCCCAGAGGAGAGAGGAGGACGCUAUUCCCCCCUGCCACUCUCCCAGGCAGCAGCCACAUGCCAGAGGGGCAAAUCACCUGCCAGUGGUGCUCGAUGGUCAGAGACAAGCACCAUAAAUGUGGCAUUUUUGGGACAGAAGAAGAGAGCGAAGCCGUAUUUUGUAUCCACAAUGAAACGCAACUUUAUUUGGAGGGCUGUGACCGCUGUCCCUGUGGUGGAUGGAUGUUACUUGGUCUGGAGGAGGGUUCUCCAAAUGGCAUCGCACAAACAGCAGAGGACGGAGGAACGCAGCCAAAAUACUACAGCUGGCCUUAUACCACACAAAUCUGCCAUCUGCACCCAGCCAGGCACGUGCCCAGCGAGGGUUAUGGAGACUGCAUUUCUUUGUUAUUAAACGCUUUAUACUGCCAGCAGAAACGUAAAGGGAUCUUAGUGUGACUGAGCAUUCGUCUCAGUCUAACGCGUUUUGCUGCUGCAUGUUUUCAGUUCCAUAGCUAUUUUGCUUGAGCAUCAAUGUAAAUAAAUCACUUUAUUAAGAUGCCUAGUUGAACUGGUGCUGCAUGUGAACACAAGGGAUAAUGAACCUUACUGUAUGUUUCAGUGAGAGGAAGAUGCACAUGAUACAUGUUUACAGAGGUAUUGGCUCUCCAGGCCCCUUUCUGAUCUGAGGUCACCCUGGCAUGUCAUGGGCCUUUAAUUAUUCUGAGUCUUUAUUUAUUGAGGUGUGUUAUGGGUUUGUGUGGCACGCUUUUUUUU